AUGGCAAGAGAAGAAAACUUCAAGGAAGAGCUCAGAUCCCAGGAUGCUCCCAGGAACUUGAACAGGCAUGAGGCAGCAGGGUAUCCAUAUUCCCAGUCUCUGAAGAUGCUGUUACGCAGAUUGAAGGUCGUCACCACCAAGCAGGAUGACAAGUUUGCCAACCUCCUGGUUGCGGUGGGGGAGUUUGGCACCUUCCAACGGAGGCUGGUGGCCCUCACCUUUAUCCCCAGCAUCCUGUCAGCCUUCUUCAUGUUUGCUGACCACUUCGUGUUCACAGCCCAGAAGCCCUAUUGCAACACCAGCUGGAUCCUGGCAGUGGGCCCCAACCUGUCUGAAGCUGAGCAGAUGAAUCUGACCAUACCCCGGGCACCCAAUGGCAGUUUCCUGACCUGCCUCAUGUACCUUCCUGUGCCCCGGAAUCUGGAUUCUAUCAUCCACUUUGGCCUCAAUGACACAGACACAUGCCGAAAUGGAUGGAUCUAUCCUGACGCUAAGAAGCGAUCGCUUAUCAAUGAGUUUGACUUGGUAUGUGGCAUGGAGCGGAAGAAGGACACCCCGCAGAUCGUGUUCAUAGCAGGGCUCCUGAUAGGCUCCCUCGUUUUCGGGCUCAUAACUGACAAGAUGGGCCGUUAUCCUGCCAUCCUGCUGUCGCUGCUGGGGCUGAUCAUCUUCGGCUUCGGGACGGCCUUCGUGAACAGCUUUCACCUGUAUUUGUUCUUUCGCUUUGCCGUCUCGCAAUCAGUGGUGGGCUACUCCAUCAGCAGCAUUUCUUUGGCCACUGAGUGGCUCAUGGACGAGCACCGGGCCCACGCCAUCAUCCUGGAGCACUGCUUCUUCGCUGUGGGGACCGUGUUGCUGACGGGGAUCGCCUACAGUCUUCCCCACUGGCGGCUGCUGUUUCUGGUGGGUGGGGUACCUGCGUUCCCCCUCAUCUCCUAUAUCUGGAUUCUCCCGGAGUCCCCACGGUGGCUGAUGAUGAAAGGGAAGGUGAAGGAGGCCAAACAGGUUCUGUGCUACGCAGCGAGUGUGAACAAGAAGACCAUUCCUGCAGACCUGCUAGACCAGCUGCCCAGAAAGGUGACUAAGGCCUCUGUCCUGGACUUCUGUAAGAAUAGACAACUCUGCAAGAUGAUGUUGGUGAUGGGCUGUGUGUCGUUUACCAUCAGUUACACCUAUUUUGCAUUGACCCUGAGAAUGACAGCCCUGGACGUGAGCCUCUACUUCAGCCAUGUGUUCCCCGGCAUCAUGGAGGUGCCUGCCCGGCUGUGCUGCCGUUUUCUCCUGCAGAAGAUUGGGAGGAAGUGGAGCCUGGCUGUGGCUCUCCUCCAAGCUGUCAUCUGGUGCUUGGUUCUCCUUUUCCUCCCUGAAGGGCUGAAAUCCGUGAAGGUCUUGGUGCUCACGCUGGGAGAGGUCAGCCUGGCUGCCACCGCCACGGUGCUCUUCAUCCACACCGCGGAGCUCCUCCCCACUGUGCUCAGGGCAACAGGUCUGGGGCUGGUGUCUCUGGCUUCAGCGGCUGGAGCCAUCUUGUCCCUGACAACCAUCAGACAGACCCUCUCCCUCCUGCCCAUCUUUUUCUGCUGCGUCUCAGCCAUUGCGGGCUUUUCCGUCUCCUUCCUGCUGCCGGAAACGCAAGAUCAGUGCCUCUCUGACAGCUUGGACCACUCCUCACAGAUGGGGAAUAAGGUCGGGGACAUGACAACGGAGGAUACAUCAUCUGAUGAUAUGUCUGAGGAAGCGGCCAAGAACACCGUUCUCAAUGCCCAGAUCCUGAAACUGGACCCAUACCCUGUCUCCAGCACUGCCUUGGGGCGAAUCAAUGAAGGGGAAGCAGACAGCCAGGCUCCCUGAGGGCCA